AUGUUUAAACCUUAUAUUGACUCUUUCAACGCAAUAUACAAGCUUAGGACAGAUGAUGAAGAAGAAAUAAAGAAAAUUUAUUUAAAAAUUAAAAAUGAUUUGAUUGAAACCAAUGUUGUUGAACUAAAAUAUGUAUAUGAUUCAAUUGGAAAUAUUAUUACCCUAAAUAAUCGAUAUUAUAAAUCGUAUUUAAGACUUAUCAAAUUUUUUUACGAUGAUUAUCAAUUAAAGCACAUGGAAUACAUAAGCUGCACAAUAUCAUUCUUAUUUUAUAAACAAUAUGGAAUGAAAUUGAACAAAAAUUAUAAUGAAUUCCAAAUUUUUAUAGAAUGUCUUGAAGAAAACACUAUAUACAGAGCUAUCAUGUAUGAUGACUUAAACCAAUUAAUUGCAUUCACAGAAAAACCGGAUUUUGAUCGAAAAACGAAAGUGUUUUCUUUUGUUUAUCAUAUUAUAGGAUCUGGCUACAAUUUACUUGAAUUAUGCUGUUAUCACGGUUCUCCAAAUUGCUUCAAGUAUUUAAGAACGAAGUUAAACUUCGAAAUCACUCCAUUUUGUCUAGAUUUGUCAUUUUACAGCGGAAAUCAUGAAAUAAUGACUGAAUGCUUGAAAUAUCAAUCCCCAACUUAUCUAACAAUGCAUUUCGCAAUUGCAUCACAUAAUUCUGAUUUUGUGAGUUUCCUAAUGAAUGAACACGGUGUUGAAAUCGAAUUGCAAGAAUGCGGAAGAUAUAGAGAUCUUGAUUCUUUUCUAAUGUAUCUUGAUAAAACAAAAGAUAUCAACAAAUGUUUUGCUUAUUCAAUUUUCUUCAAAUACAUACCUCUUUCUGAGCAUUUUCUUUCUCAAGGUGCCGAUAUUGAAGCUAAGGGAUACAUAGGAGAUACCGCUCUUUAUUGUGCAGCAGAGAAGAACAUGCCAGAAAUCGUUGAAUUUCUUAUUAAAAAAGGAGCUAAUGUCAAUUAUUCUGAAUGUCUUAGUUAUAAAACUCCUCUUCAUAUAGCAGCAGACAGAGGCAACACAGAAGUUGUUAAAAUUCUUGUUUCUCAUGGAGCAAACAUUUUUGCAGAAAAUAUUGUAUCUCAGACUCCACUUCAUUGCGCAACGUUAUUUGACUCACAUGAAAUCGCAGAAAUUCUUAUUUCACAUAGUGCAAAUAUUAAUGCACAAGAUCGAGGUGGAUCGACACUAGGGUUGUUAGAUUCCCGACGAUAG